UGACUGGAGAAGAUGAGGAAGAGAACAAUCUGGAAGUACGAGAAACCAAAAUUAAGGGUAAAAGUGGGAGAUUCUUCACGGUCAAGCUCCCAGUUGCUCUUGAUCCUGGGACCAAGAUUUCAGUCAUUGUGGAGACAGUCUACACCCAUGUGCUUCAGCCGUAUCCAACCCAGAUUACCCAAUCAGAGAAACAGUUUGUGGUGUUUGAGGGGAACCACUAUUUCUACUCUCCCUAUCCAACAAAGAUACAAACCAUGCAUGUGAAGCUUGCCUCCCGGAAUGUGGAGAGCUACACCAAGCUGGGGAACCCCACACGCUCCGAGGACCUCCUAGAUUACGGGCCUUUCAGAGACGUCCCUGCCUAUAGUCAGGAUAUUUUUAAAGUGCAUUAUGAGAACAACAGCCCUUUCCUUACUAUCACCAGCAUGACCCGAGUCAUCGAGGUCUCUCACUGGGGUAAUAUUGCUGUGGAAGAAAACGUGGACUUGAAACACACAGGGGCUGUGCUUAAGGGGCCUUUCUCACGCUAUGACUACCAGAGACAGCCAGAUAGUGGAAUAUCCUCCAUCCGUUCUUUUAAGACCAUCCUCCCUGCUGCUGCCCAGGAUGUCUAUUACCGGGAUGAGAUUGGCAAUGUUUCCACCAGCCACCUCCUUAUUUUGGAUGACUCUGUAGAGAUGGAAAUCCGGCCUCGCUUCCCUCUCUUUGGCGGGUGGAAGACCCAUUACAUCGUUGGCUACAAUCUCCCAAGCUAUGAGUAUCUCUAUAAUUUGGGUGACCAGUAUGCACUGAAGAUGAGGUUUGUGGACCAUGUGUUUGAUGAACAAGUGAUAGAUUCUCUGACUGUGAAGAUCAUCUUGCCUGAAGGGGCCAAGAAUAUCCAAAUUGAUAGUCCCUAUGAAAUCAGCCGCGCCCCAGAUGAGCUGCAUUAUACCUACCUGGACACAUUCGGCCGCCCUGUGAUUGUUGCCUACAAGAAAAAUCUGGUAGAACAGCACAUUCAGGACAUCGUGGUCCACUACACAUUCAACAAGGUGCUCAUGCUGCAGGAGCCCCUGCUGGUGGUAGCUGCCUUCUACAUCUUGUUCUUCACCGUCAUCAUCUACGUCCGGCUGGACUUCUCCAUCACUAAGGAUCCAGCUGCAGAAGCCAGGAUGAAGGUGGCCUGCAUCACAGAGCAGGUCUUGACCCUAGUCAACAAGAGAAUAGGCCUCUACCGUCACUUUGACGAGACUGUUAAUAGGUACAAGCAGUCCCGGGAUAUCUCCACCCUCAACAGUGGCAAGAAGAGCCUGGAGACUGAACACAAGGCCUUGACCAGUGAGAUUGCGCUGCUGCAGUCCAGGCUGAAGACUGAGGGCUCCGAUCUGUGCGACAGAGUGAGUGAAAUGCAGAAGUUGGACGCACAGGUCAAGGAGCUGGUGCUGAAGUCGGCAGUGGAGGCUGAGCGGCUGGUGGCUGGCAAGCUCAAGAAAGACACGUACAUCGAGAAUGAGAAGCUCAUCUCGGGAAAGCGUCAGGAGCUGGUCACCAAGAUCGACCACAUCCUGGAUGCUCUGUAGCCGCUGCCCGUCAUCCUCAGGGUGGGCCAGGGUGCCUGCACUUUGAGAUGGCAAGCGGAGGGGGUGGGGGUGGGGGUGUUGAGCAUUGAGGCCAGUGAAGACUAGCAUUUGUAAUUUGCAAAAGGCCUUCAAGGAAGGGAAGCCAGGCCCUGCCUCAGGCAGUGCAAGAAGCUUGUCCCUUGUCCCUAAAUCUUUUUUUUUU